AUGGACAACGGUAACGAGAAUGUUGAACUGUCUAAAGAAGAUGAGGAAUUGUACGGGUCAGAAAUUAAGAGCCUUUCUGUGAAAGAGCAACAGCUCUUUAAGCUACGGCUAUAUAGACGUAGACUGCGUCGUACAGAUGAGCUUAUACGAUGGCAAAGUGAUAUGACAGAAGAAGAACUGGGCACCGCUGUUUAUGAAUUAUUUGAACUCGGAUAUGCAGCCGGCGAACCGAGUAUUACAUACGUCCAAAAAAUUUGGAAUUCCGUUACAGCAUUCUUUAAAGCAAAAGGCGUCCCUGAGUAUCAGGUAAUAAUUUAUGAUUUUUUUGGGACAAGGAAAACCUAACCAAAUGCAUAAAGACAUGCGGCAAAACCAUUUGCAAAUGGUUUUGUGUUGCCGUAUAUCUGUUUUCUGUGACACAUGCAGUGUUGUUUAAAUCUUUGAAUUUCUAGCGCUGCACGGCAAAGUUCUUCACGAACCGGUUUCUUCCCAGUCUUAGACAAAGACUGGCAUUCGACUCGGCUGGAGAAGCCUUAAGGUUUGCUGUUGUACAAAGGCAGUUUUAUAUCUUGCUUCGAUUUAUGGCACUUAUUUAUUCUCCUUGCGUAUACCAAGAAAUCGAGGUAAGUGUAUGGUUGUGUGGUAACUUUACAGUUAAUCCCAAUCUUGAGGUUUAUCUAUUUGAUGGAUUCUCCGAAAAGUCUGAAAUGUUUAAUGGACGAGGUACUCUGCGAUGAGUAAGUGGUUUUGUUUUUAUUCUUAAUCGAUUAGAUUUUUUUUGGUGCUUCCGCAUUAUCUGGCUGCAAUCUACGAAGACUUGGAGAUGACGGCCCCAUUGGAUUUAAUAAAAUACGGUUCAUUAGAAAAUUCAGUUGAAGAAACUGAAGAAAUGGAGCCAAACACAAGUGGGGCAUCUAACGUUUUGAAUGCAGUAUCCUUGAUGAAAGAAGAUCCCGAUGAAUCUGAGUGUGCGAAUGAUUCCUUUAACGACUCUUUUAAAGAGCGUAAUGUUGUCGCAAUUUCGGAAUCUGGAGCAUCGGACGUCUAUCAAGCAAUGAGAUGUGUACUUGAAACGCCAGAAAAGAAUGCCGAGACCUGUUUGCCGAUUAGUGUGACCGUCAGUCAAACUCCGAUACGAGCAAUGGCAAAGACAACAAAUGUUAAAGUGGGGCAACUCAGAGAGUUGUUGGUACCCAGAACAACCGUAGAAUCGAGGAAACGGAAGACAGAAGACUUUUUGAUGUCGUCCCAGAAGAAAAGCAAUCGAAUGAAUCUGGUUUCCGUUUUUUCAGGAUUUGUAUAA